CACGAACAGGGCAAGGUUGUCGCGCGUCCUCUACCGUCACACUCGCGAACUUGUCACACUGUGACGCGACAACCCCCGCGAAAAAUUGAAUUUUGUUUAAUUUGAAUAUUUUUUUGUCGCUUAUUGUGUUUUGUGUUUUGUGCUUCUUUUUUUUUAUGUUGUGUUUUUUGCGCGCCAUGUGACUGGAUUUUUUUUUGUUUGUUUUGUUUAUUUUUUUUUGUAUCGCUUUUUCGGAGGCCAGUCAGCAAUGUCCAGACGUAAGCAGAGUAACCCCAAAUCGCUAAAAAGUGACUUGGCUCACGAAAACUCACCGCUGGACUACACUGCAGAGAGUGAAGAAAGAAAAGACACAGAAGCCAACAUGGUAACUGUCCUGGAAACGCCGAAAAGCGAAACUCCCGAUCGUCCAGGUUCGGUUGAAGAUUUGAAACCGGACGACAAGCAACCAAAAAUUCGGCUGAAAGCCGCUCUGGCAACCGAUCCGGCUUUAAAUAUGAUGGCAACGAUUAAAACUGAAAUGAUGGAGCCCAGUCCUGAGUACCUGGCUUCGUUGUCACCUGCUAUCCAAACAGCGCUAGCCUCUAGAGGGUUACUGUUUCCUGCUGGAUUGAAUUUGAGCGAAGCCGUAGCUGCUCUGGCUGCAGUACAAAGAGUAUCCACAGAAGCAAGAGCUGCACCAGUUGAAUCUGCCUCAACUUCAGAAUCGACAAGGACUACAUCAGUGCCAAUUUACCAGUGCGUCCCUUGCAGCAUCAGAUUUUCCUCGUUGAGCACUUUGGAAGCUCACCAAACCUAUUACUGCUCGCAUAGACCGAAUAAACCUUCCGAAGACGACGCGAAAGCCUCCGGAGGCGGCUCAGAACCGGACGUCGACGGCGAAGCCAAGCAAGGACCCCGGGUCGGCAAACAGUACACGUGCAUGCACUGUUCGUACAGCGCCGACAAAAAAGUGAGCUUGAAUCGUCACAUGCGCAUGCACACGGUGUCACCGGGGCCGGUAACGGCUCCUGUAGCCGGCAACAGCACGGUAACAUCCAACGGUGAUUCUAAUCCCGAUGCGCAGGAUCGGUACUGUGCAGAAUGCGACAUUAGGUUCAGUUCGCAGAAGACUUUUAGAGCUCACAAGAUGCAUUACUGUAAUUCGAGGCAUGUGGUUAAAUCAACAGCUCCGGCUUCAAGUUGCACCUCAGGCUCGUCCCCAACAAGUCCCGUGGAUACUUCUUCGUGUCGAACUCCACCCUCGCCAUCAUCCCAACAAAUACCCACUCAACAACCGUUCCUGGCCCUUCCCACUAACCCAAUUAUAAUCGUCCCGUAUUCCUUGUUUCGUUCGGCGAGCGUCCUACCUGCCUUGUCGGCUUCCGCAGGAAUUCCCAGCCCCGACACUCCAUGCUUCCUGUUACCCAAUGGUACUCUCCAGCCGAUGACCAGCGCUUUGUCAGCUGCAGUUAGUGCAGCUGCUCAGGGUCAAGCUUCGCACGCGGAGCAAGUGCUCAAAGCUGUCAACAAAGCAAACAGUAAGGAGGUUAUCGUUAGGGAAACUUCAUCAGCUCCUCUGGAUUUGACUGUUAGAAGAUUGUCAAAAGAGGACAGUAUGGAUGAUCACGAAAAGGAAAAUCACAAGCAUCGUUCGCCGUCGCCUGAGAGAAUCGAGUGCGAACCUUCCAUCCAGAAUUCGCCUUGCUCGACGCCGGGCUACGAAAAAAGUUCGCCCGGUUUGAGCGUUAGUCCGAAAAGGAAGCUGGACGAUGUGUCGAGAAGUAACAGUCCAAGGUCCUCGAAAACUCCCAAACUCAGUCAAGAUAGAGCUAGGACUAGUCCAGAGUCGGCGGCAGGAGGGCCUCAGUUUGAUAUUCCUCCAGCGCUGCAUCCUCUAUUGCUCAGAUCAGGAAAUAUAUUUACUCCGGAGCUUCAAAUGCGCCUAUCAGAUCUGCCCCCUUUACCUCCAGUAAUGCCUCAAGUAAUCGUGAAACAGGGCGUAUCAAAAUGCAAAGAGUGCAACAUUGUCUUUUGCAAACACGAAAACUAUCUGGUCCACAAAAAGCAUUAUUGCUUCGCCAGGCCAUCAGAGGACGACGCUUCGAAAACUAGCGGAAGCCCACCUGUUAGCCCAAGAAGUGGAGGUACUACUAGUCCAGCCGCCCAAUACCAACAGCUAAUUUGUUUAGCCUGCGGCAUCAAAUUCACCUCGCCGGAUAAUCUCAACGCGCACCAGCAAUACUACUGUCUGAAACGUAACGAAACCGAGCCGAAACGUUGCGCCAAAUGUCGAGCCGUUUUCGAACCUGGACACCAGUGCGUGUCCCAUUCCGCUGUCGCCGGCUGGAAAUGUCCCUGUUGUGAUGUUAUAAGUGCGACGGCCAGCGCCGCUCAGCGUCACAUGGAAACGCACACCGGAGUCAAAGCUUAUCGGUGUACUAUUUGUAAAUAUAAGGGGAAUACGCUGAGAGGGAUGAAGACGCAUAUUCGGAUGCAUUUUGAUAAGCGUUCGCCUGAUUUACAGGAAGAAAAAUACAUCUCCUACAUCUUAGAAGACGAUUCUGCAGCCGGUAUGGAAGUUGCCAUAGCUCCUAGUUUAUCAAACGAAGAAGGCGCUCCUAGUAUAGCGGAUACCAAGCCUGAGCCUCACCACAUGUGCUCACACUGUCCCUAUAGUUCACCCUACAAAGCUAACGUGAUGAGACACAUUAGGCUCGUACACGAGACUAAUAAUUCAGAUGAUGUUAGUAAUGGAGAAGAAAGGCUUCGAGGGGAUGAUGAUGAGGAAAUAAUCAUUAAAAAAGAAGCAAUGGAACCGGAAAUAAUAAUCGCACCGAUCGAAGGACAAACGAUAAAAGAAGAGCCCGAUCUGUCGACAACUCCAAAGAGCAACAAACAGUUGGAAGAGGAAAUUUUACAGGAGGCGGCCAAACCGGGGGCGCACUAUUGCAAAUCGUGCGAUAUUUAUUUCAAUUAUUCUAGUUCGUUUAUCGCUCACAAGAAAUUUUACUGUUUGAGUCACGCAGGGGAAAUUUCAAACGCCAAUAAUAAUAAUAAUACAGGCCCUAGGACGGCUGAAACUUCUGUUUUAUAAUUCGACUAAGAUGAGACUAAUUUAGAGGAUCAUGAUAAAUGUGAGUUUAUAAAGUUCUUGAAAUACCAAUAAUAAAAUAAGCGAGUUAUACAGGGUGUUAAGUAUGAGGAUCUCGAUAAAAUUAUAAGAGAUACAAGAUUUGUUAAAUUGGGACAAAGUUUUUGUGCAUCAAAAUGUUGCUACUUAAAGAGAAAAAAAAUAUAUUUUUUUUUGGUUCUGAAUUUUUUUUAAUCAUGAUAAGGUUAAGAAAAAUUGUCAAUAUUUGUAUUGAAAUUCGAGCAAAUCAGAAUAGAUUAUACACUGUCAAAAAGAGCCUUAAAUUCUCUACAAAUCCGUGCUAAAUUGAGUUCGAUAGCGCAAAUACUUUCUGAGCAACUGAGCCGCAAAGUUGAACAUUUUUAAUGAAUCAAAAAUUCCCAAACUUCCUAUGGGUGAAUUGAAAAUUUAACCUUUUCUUAAAAAAAUCUUUGAAAAUAUGAGCAAAUUUUUGUUUUCUACUUAUUAUAACAAGUAAAGUUUCAAUAAAAAAAAAAUAUUUGUUUUCAUUUCUAUAUUAUUUUAAUGUUCUGAUGUAAACGCACAUCCAAAGCUGGCCACUACAGUUUCUUAUAGUUGACUUGAUUGAUCAUAACUGUAUCAACUCAAUCAAAAUGACAGGGUUUACACCGACUUCUUUUGAUGAAAAUCCAAAAAUAAAAUCUCAUUGUUUUCUGACAAAGUUGUAUGAUUACUAAGAUCCCCAUGCUUAUUGACAAAUUUUUAACACCCUGUACAAUUAGACCAUUUGCUCUUGUAUACGAAAUUUUUUACUUUUGCAAUUCUUUGUUUUGUUAACAGGGUGAAGCCAAAAAAAAACUUAAAAAUUAGAUAAUACAUUUCAGUGCAAUGAGUUUAGUAAACACCCUGUAUAGUUGUGUAGCUCAAAAAAAGUACUGAAAAUUAUUGAAUGUCAUUGCUGUAACAUUUAUUAUUAAGAAGCGGAUAUCAUUUUUGCUUCCAAAUAAGUGCAAAAUUCUUGAUAGUGAAAUAAAUUCUCUGCUUCUUAAAGAAUGUAAUAAAUGUACCUUUAAACCUAAUACACUGCGUUAAUUUUGAACAGCAGUAUAAAUAAUUUUUUGUGUUAUUUAAUGUAUAAUCCUAAAUGUAUAAAAAAACAAUAAGUGUUUUGUACAAAGUUGAAUUUUGCUUAGUUUUAAGUUUAAUUAAAAAUAUGCCAAAGCAUGAUUAUUCUAAUAUGGUUGGAAUCUGUUGUAACAAUAAUUAUUAUUCAAUUUACAUAUUUGUUAGGCUUUAUAAUUAUUAUGUUUUUUUUUUUUUUGUAUGGUUAUCUCUCAAAAAUAGAUAAAUGUAAAAUAUAGAAUCUAUUCUUAUCAUAGCUGUGAAGGUGGUUUUUGCAAAAUACGCCAACCCCCCAUUUAGAUUUAAAUAACAUUUUUUGACACUGUAAACAGUGGAUGAUUACCGUUUUCUUGGAGACAAUAAAUUAUUUAUUUCUAAAAAAA